AUGUUUUCGCUGCGCGUGGCACUCUUGCUAGCAGUGGCACUUUUCCAGAUUGGCUCUUCUCAAGAAACACCAUCACAGGUUGUCGAAAGGAUACGCAAUGCCAACAACUUUCCAGCACUAGGUAUAGCACAACUCGAGGCUGAGACCACUGCCAUUGCGGUCUCUGGCGUUCGCAAAUAUGGAGCAGAAGCACGUGUUGAGACGAGUGACCCAUGGCACUUGGGCUCCCUUACAAAGUCAAUGACAGCAACGAUUCUAGCAUCGUACAUUGGUGAGGGUCUACUGACAUGGAACACAACACUAGCACAAGCACUCCCAGAGCUCCGCGACAUCAUGCACCCAGAACAUAGCAACACCACACUCGAGAUGCUCACAGCUCAAUACUCUGGUAUUAUCUCGUCGCAGCAAUCGAAUCGAACUUUCCUCCUCGAAUCACUUUACCAGCCAUCCUUCGAGCGUCGCGUCGAAGCUGUACGACGCGAACUUGCCAUUCCACCAACGUAUCAACCAAACACAAUCUACCUAUAUGACAACUUCAAUUACGUGAUAGCGGGACUGAUCAUGGAAAUACGCACGAACAAGACAUAUCCCGAAAUCAUUCAAGAACGACUCUUCACUCCCUUAGGUAUGACUGGGUGUGGUCUUGGACCUCUUCCAGAAACCUCAAACUCCUCGAUCGAUAGUCCCUGGCCACACUACCGGCUCAAUGACACGGAGCAGACACCAUUUCCUCUCGAGGGUUACGAUCUCGCGACCCGAGAUAAUCCACCUUUCUACGACCCUGCAGGCCGAGCACACUGUCCCCUGGAUUCUUACCUCCGCUACCUUCAGCUACACAUUAACGGCUCAAUCCCAGGCUCGACUCUACCAGCGCCAUACUCAACACUCACGCCAGCGGACUUUGCCUUCCUACAUACACCCUACGUCCUGAGCCCAUCCUACCCAUCUCGAAACACUUAUUCGUACACACCCGGCGGCUGGCUCAGUCGUCUUUCGAAUCCACAGCUCUUCUUUCACGAUGGGACCAAUACGUUCAACUACGGGUAUGCGUUUGUGCUUGCGAGUGGGAAUGCGAGUAGCAGUGGAGCAGGGGCUGUGAUGACAAAUAUUGGGCUAGAUAUCGAUGGAGAUGCUACUGUGGCGAGUGCGAUGAGAGGAAUCAUGGACAGUAUCGUCGAGGGUGAUACCAGUAUUUUAGGUGGAGCGGGUGAGAACGGAACAGCGCCCGUGGUAUCAGGAGGUGCUAGAAGGAUAGGUGCGAUGUAUCCUGCUCUGAGUAUUACGGGGAGUUGUACAUUGGUGGCAGGGCUUGUAGCUUUGUUGACUUAG